AUGACAGGCCGGGAGGAGCCCGCCGAGGGCAGAGCCAAGGGGAAGGCGCUGGUGCCCAGCGCUGCCAGCGAGAAGGCGGCCCGACUGGGCGCCCCGGCCCUGCGCUCCAAGGGCUUCGCCAUCACCGACCUGCUGGGGCUGGAGGCCGAGCUGCAGCCGCCGGCCGCCCCCGUGGCCGGCGCGGGAUGCGAGGGCGCCGGGGCCGGACUUGGGGGGGUGUCUCUGAGCGGCGGCUCCCUGCCCCUGGGCUUGGGCUUCCUCUGCGGCUUCGCGGCACCGCCCCCGGCCGGAGCCCCCUGCCUGCUGCCGGCGCACGUCCCCUUCCUGCAGCCCCGGCCGGAGCUGCACCGGCACCCCGGGCCGCCCGCCGGCGGGCGCCAGGACAGCGUCUCGGGUAAGGACGAGGACAGCCUGUCCGGGGACAAGGGCGAGCUGAAGACGUCGACUUCCCAGAUCAAGAGGAAGAAGCGCCGGCAUAGGACGGUGUUUACUGCUCACCAGCUGGAGGAGUUGGAAAAGGCUUUCAAUGACGCUCAUUACCCAGAUGUGUACGCCCGGGAAAUGCUAGCUAUGAAAACAGAGCUGCCGGAGGACAGGAUCCAGGUCUGGUUUCAGAACCGAAGAGCCAAGUGGAGGAAGCGUGAGAAGUGCUGGGGCAGGAGCAGUGUCAUGGCCGAGUACGGUCUCUAUGGGGCCAUGGUGAGGCACUCCAUCCCUCUCCCCGAGUCAAUCAUCAACUCAGCCAAAAGUGGGCUGGUGGGCUCCUGCGCUCCUUGGCUGCUUGGGAUGCAUAAAAAAUCCAUGGAUGUUACAAGAAAGCCAGAGAGUGAGGAGAAGAUGACAGGCAGCUGGCGAUUGGAAGGUCCUGAGGAGGAAUUAAAAAUGAAGCCAGCAGAUCACCAGAGAAGCUCUGGUGACAAACUCAGCUCUAUGGACAAUUCAGAAGAUACAGCGAUUGACCUCUCUAGCACAGCAAAGCAAGAGAACAGGAGCGCUUUGAGGCAAUGUCUCAAAGGAGACCUCCAGACAGAUGGGAAGGACAAUGACCACUAAACUCAGGGAGCAGGGGAAGGGCGGGGUGUUAGGAAAAUGAGCCUCCUUAACACUUUGGAAAGAUAGGACUAUUUAUUCAUUAUUUUUUCAAACAAUUAAUACACAAUUUUACAUGAAUAUGAGACAUUUUAAAACUGGAUCCAGCCAAGA